AUGUCGGCCGGCGCUUACUCUAAUACCGCCUUCAACACCAAUUACGGUAUUAAGGCCAGCAACGGAACCAUGGGUAUUCUCCGCAUGGGUACGGAAGUUCUGAUCAUUCAGCGCCGGCUGAAGAACGAGGAAGUUCGCGAGAAUGGGGCCCCUGACACCUGGUCCUUUCCGGGUGGCGGCUUAGACCCCGACGAAACGCCAGAACAGUGUAUUGUGCGCGAGAUGAAGGAGGAGCUUGGCGUGGACGUGGCCAUCCAGCCCAUCGGCGACGAGGAGGUAUGGGGCACGACCGACGACGAUGUGCAGAACAAGUUGUGGCGCUGCAGUAUUUUUGUCGUUGCGCAAACGAACCCCGCGCAGACCGUCAAGAUUAAUGAACCGCACAAACAUGUUGGCUUGAAGUGGAUUGAGUGGAAGGAGAUGUGGGCCCAAAUCAAGGCGGAGGUAGAGGGCCACGGCGAAAUCGACGAGUCGGGCGAGCUGAAGAUGCGCUUUUUCCCUACUAUGAAGAACAUGGUUUUGAAAUACCCUAAACGCGAGGAGCCGGCUUGUUUGUCUGGGCGCUUGGGCGACCUGGCCUAA